AUGUCUUCACUUAGACGGACACAUUCUAAUACAAGAAAUCGGACUAGCCAAAAAAUAUCUCGUUUACACUUACGUCAUCUUCAUAUACAUAGUCAUAAGAAACCCACGCAAGACGCUAUACGUCCACAAAUAUCAGGUAGUUCGGAAGGAACUCAAUCAUCUAAACAAUUAACUCGAGAAGAAAUUGAACAUCGAAAUCUUAUUCAACAAUAUAUUUUUUCGAAAUUAGAAGAUUAUGCUAAUAAACCACGAAUAUGGCAAUUAACACAUUCAAAUCAUAUAAAACGUCGUAUUCUCGAUAAAUCAGGACAUAUAUCUCGUCUGUAUUCUGUACCUGUUGAUUUCGUUCGUGAAUCUAUAAAUCAAUUUUUUAAUGAUGCUGAUAAACAUAUAUCACAAUUACGUCGUCUUACUGAAUCAUCAUCACAUGCAUUAAAAGACCCGAAUAUACUAUUUCAAAAAGGAAAAAAAGAUAAUAAUCAAUGGCGUUCAAUACAAUUAAAACGUGCAAAAGAAAUAUUUCCAGAUAUAAAUAAUGAGGAUUAUACAGACAGUGAACGUUUACAUAAAUAUCAUAAAUAUAUAAUUGAAACAUUAACACCAAAAGCUGAUAAAGAAAAUAUAAAUUGUACUGCACAAAAUCGUGAGCAACCAUUUGAUUUAAAUCAUGCAUAUGAACAAGCUGAAAAUAAAGGAAAAGAUUAUUUAUCACAUAUGUUACAAAGCUAUCAUGAUCGAACUAUACCUGAUCUUGCAAUUAUUCAAGAAAUGGUUAAUCAUGGUAUACAACAGAUGAAAGUUGCACCAACAAGUGAAGAUUUUGAGGAUGCAAAUAGUUUCCUAGCUAAAAUUUCUGUAUUACAUGCAGGAAAACAAGCAUAUGAAUGUGGUUUACGUAAUAUGGGUGAUGAUUUUAUGUUAUUACGUUUUGGUAAAGUUUUUGGACCAAAUGCAUUACCAACAACAGCAAGUACAAAUGAUCAAUUUAUAUAUCUUGUUCAUAUGUUUAUGAAAUCAGUAUCAUCUCUUAUGAUAACAGCAAAAAUCACUGAUAAAGAUAAUAAAGAAAAUCCAUCAGGAGUUAUAAAUUUAAUUACAAAUAUUUUUUCAUCAGAACCAAGUUCAAGCGUUUAUAAAUUACGCGAUGAAUUAUUUUCACCUAACACAAAUGUCGAUCAAUGGACAUGGUUAUUAGAAAAAUGGCGUGAUGCUUUACGAACAUUUCCAAUGAUGCUUACACAAGUUGGAGCAUUUGGACGUUUAAUACGUACAACAAUUGGUAUUGGUAUAGCACGUCUAUUUAAUUUUUCUGAAACAAUAAUUAAUACAAAAAAAAUGUUAGAUAUUACAUAUAUGAAUGAACAAUUAUUUCAUGCACUUCAAACAGGUUUCUAUUUUGGUGUUGCAUAUGCUAUCGUUGAUUGUGUACAAGAUGAAAUUCGAAAUAUUGAGAAACUUCCUGCACAUCAUUUUGCUGUUUUAAAUACGGGAAGAAGUCCAAAUGAUAGAUUAUUAUCACCAGCUGAAACAAUUGAAAAAUGGCUUUUAAUUAUGGAAGAAUUAUUACGUGGAGGCGAAUUUAAUCGAAAAGAAAUACCAAAAACACCAUUAACACCAUUAUUAUUAGAAACAUUUGAUAGUCUUGUUACAUUAACGAAAAGUAUUAAUGCAACAAGUUUGGCUUUUGAUGAAUUGGCACUUUUAUUACGAUCACAAAGAGUAGAUAAAAAAGUGCCAGAAGAAUUUUAUAAUGAUGAAGAACUUUUCUUAGGUGCUGUUCUCAAGUCUCAUUUUACAUAUACAUGUACAACAUUUUUGGGUAAUAUUAAAUCUGCUCGUGAAGAAAGUGAACGUUUAUGGAUAAUGCCAUUCUUAGGACAAUUAACUGAUGAUUGUCGUGAUUUUUAUGAUGAUGUUACAUCAAAUUCAGUUACUUCAUUUACACAUUAUGCAUCAUUUAUUGGUCGUCAACAAAAAACAAACAAACAUUUAUUAAAUCCAUUCUAUGCAUUUUUAUAUCUUUGUACAGAUUUAUAUAUAUCUUCUGAUCGUGACGCCCAAACAGGUGCUUUUCUUGGUCGUCGUAUAGCCCGUACAUUAAAAUCAAUUGAAAUAAGUGGUGGUGACUCUGCAAUACGUGAAUUUCUUCAUAUUUUUUGUCAAAAUAAUCAAUCUUUACAUGAUUAUUUUUGGAACGAUCUUCGUAGUCAUUUCCCGCGUGUAAGUGAUCCAGAAAAAUCUUUUUUUCGUAUAAUUAAUAAAGCAAGUACACAAUAUGCAAAAACAAAUCGUAAAUUAGAAACAUAUGUUGGUGAUCAUUUAAAACAAAUUGAAGAUGCUUUACAAAUUCAAUCAUUUAGUAAAAUUCAAAAAACAAUACCAAUUAGUGAUCGUGAUGAACAAUUAUUAUUGUCAGCUAUGAAUUAUAGUGUUACAGCUGGUGGUAAACGUUUACGACCAUUAAUGAUGUUAAUGGUUGCUGAUUUAUAUAAUUUAAAUGUUAAAAAUGUUCUACCAUUAGCAUGUGGAAUUGAAUACUUACAUACAUCAUCACUUAUAUUAGAUGAUUUACCAGCUCAAGAUAAUAGUGAUUUAAGACGUGGUCGACCCACAUUACAUAAAGCAACUAUAAAUAAUGAAAUACCAGUUAAUUUAUGUGAAGGUCGUGCACAAUUAGCAGCUGUUGAUUUAAUAGCUGUUAGUAUGAGUUUAAUCAAUCAUGAUCUUGUUAAAAAUGGUUUUCCAGCUGAACGUGUUAAUCAUGUUAUUAGUGAAAUAUCUCUUUCAAUGCAUGAUCUAUGUGUUGGACAAAUGAUGGAUUUACGUGCAGCACAUAUGGGUUUAGAUAAGAAUGAAGAACAAGUUGAUGAACUUGAUCGUAUUGCAUGGUUAAAAACAGGAAAAGCAAUUGAAGUUGUACUUAUUACACCAGCUGUUUUAGCUAUGUCAUCUUCAUCUACGAAUCAAGUCAUUGAAAUAGCUCGUAUUCGUGAAUUAGGUCGUCUAAUGGGAAUAUUAUUUCAAAUGCGUGAUGAUUUAUUAGAUGUUGAAGGAGAAAAUAUUGGUAAACCAGCAGCACUUGAUGUCAAAAAUCAUACAGUCACUUAUGUAUCAACAUUAGGUGCUGAAGGUACCCGUCAACGUUUAAAAGAAUAUCGUCGACAGACAUUGAAUCUAGUAGAUGAAAUAUGGCCAGUAGGUGCUGGAACAAUUAAAGAUGUUAUAAACCAUAUGGUUGAUCGAAAAAAUUAA